AUGGCUACUAUUCGCAUUGCGGACGGGAUUCAUCCCAAAAAUGAGCUGCAGGCCAAAGAAGGGCGGCCCGCCGACUCGACCUCGAUCUACACCCACGAUGAUGGCAUCUACAACAUGCGCUCGAGGAGAUCUUCCCAUGACCUGAGUCUAUACCGUACAAGGUCUCUGCAACAAGAUGAAGACCCUGGGCUGCGAAAAGAAGGCGACUUUAAGGAGAAGCAGGUCUUCAGCGGCAAGAUGCUUCUCUGGCUCGCAUAUCAGUCGGUUGGUGUCAUUUACGGAGACAUCGGGACCAGUCCCCUUUACGUCUACUCCUCGACCUUCACCUCUGCGCCGUCACGGGAGGACCUCAUUGGCGUCUUGUCUCUCAUUCUCUGGUCUCUUAUCAUGAUGGUGACGGUGAAAUACAUUAUCAUCAUUCUACAUGCAGAUAAUGAAGGUGAAGGAGGGACUUUCAGCACGUACUCCCUCCUCAGCCGCUACAUGAACAUCACGAAUCGCGAUCCAAGAGAAGCCUCUCUGAUAAGGAUAAGAAGACACGCUUCCGGCGAUCUCGAACUUGCCGGGCGUGUCAUGCGGAAAGGCUUCGAAACAAGUCGCCUGGCGCGCGGGAUUCUCAAGACCAUGGGCGUUUUCGCCGUUUCUAUGGUCCUGUCCGACGGCGUCCUCACGCCCGCACAGUCCGUUCUUGGAGCGGUCCAAGGUGCCCGGGUGGUCAAUCCGAGCAUCUCGAAAGGUGCUAUUAUCGGCGUCACUGACGCUAUUCUUGUCCUCCUCUUCCUCAUUCAACCUUUCGGUAUCACCAAAAUUACGUUUGCCUUUUCUCCGAUCGUUAUUGUCUGGCUUGGCUUCAACGCCGUUUUCGGAAUCUACAACCUCGUUAACUAUGAUGCCUCGGUCUUUCGAGCGUUUAACCCAGGCUACGCUUUUGAGUUCCUGAUCCAUCAUGGUGAGCACGGAUGGAGAAUGCUGGGGGGUGUUCUGCUGGCUUUUACCGGAGUCGAGGCUUUAUUUGCAGACUUGGGAGCAUUCAGCCGCAGAGCCAUUCAGCUUAGUUGGCUGUGCUACACAUUUCCAUGUCUCCUUCUGGCAUACAUUGGCCAAGCGGCCUAUAUCAGCGUUCACCCAGAAGCGUACUCGAAUCCGUUCUUCGAGGCUGCCCCUCCUGGGACCAUCUAUCCCGCUCUCAUUAUCGCCAUUCUAGCAGCAAUUGUUGCUUCACAAGCCAUUAUCACGGCAACAUUCCAGCUCCUCCAUCAAGUCAUGAAAUUGUCGUAUUUUCCACAACUUUCGGUCAAACAUACCUCAAAGAUCUUCCACGGACAGCUCUACAUUCCUCUCGCAAAUUGGCUUCUCAUGAUUGGCACAAUCCUUGUGGCCUCAAUUUACAACAACACGACCUCGCUGGGAAACGCUUACGGUGUUUGCGUCAUGUUUGUCACGUUCUUCGACACGUGCAUGGUCUCCUUGACGGCCAUCUUCGUGUGGCGUUUCAGUCCGUUUCUGGUUCUUCUCCCGUGGCUCACGAUCGCCUGCAUGGAUGGCACGUUCCUUUCUUCAGCCCUCACCAAAGUGCCGGAUGGAGCCUGGUUUACUCUUACGUUGGCAUUUGUUUUGGGUAUGGUGUUCAUGCUCUGGCGCUUUGGAAAGGAGCAACAAUGGUUCGCUGAGGCCGAAGAUCGAUUCCCGACCUCCCAUUUCAUCAAGAAAGGAGCCGACGGUCUGCAUCUCACCGAACGAUUCCACGGCACAGCGCUGAGCACCAUCAAUGGGUUUGGAAUUUUCUUCGACAAGGGUGGUGAAACGACACCAAUCGUCUUCAGCCAAUUCGCCAUCAAACUCACCGCGAUGCCUGAAGUGUCGGUAUUCUUCCACCUCCGCCCGUUGGAGACGCCUUCCGUGCCACAUUCAGAGCGGCACACUGUCUCGAGAUUGGCGAUUCCGCACUGCUACCGUCUGGUGGUAAGAUAUGGCUACAAUGACGAAGUGAUUACCCCCGACCUGGCCUCUGUCAUCUACGAGCAGAUCCGACUAUAUCUCCUUUCCGAAAACAAGUCGAAAUCACAAACCAAUGCCAAUGCUGUGCUCGAGGACGCCGCCACGAACGCCGCCACAACAACCGACGGCGAGAUGGGCACGGGCACGGACACGGGCACGGACGAAAAGUUUCAGUAUCCGCAGAAAGUGCACCUGCAGCCAUACAACCACGACCUGGAAAAGCGCACGGAAGCCCUCGCGCGUCUCGACGCCGCAUUCGCCUACAAGGUCAUAUACAUCAUGGGCAAGGAGCAGUUGACCAUCAAGCACGGCACGAAUUACUUCCGGAAGACCAUCCUGGCGCUGUUCCUGUGGAUGAAGGACAACUCCCGGACCAAGAUGUCCAACCUGGACGUGCCGACGGAGAAGCUCAUCGAGAAGAAGAAGAAGAAGAAGAAGAAGAAGAAGAAGAAGAAGAAGAAGAAGAAGAAGAAGAAGAAGAAGAAGAAGAAGAAGAAGAAGAAGAAGAAGAAGAAGAAGAAGAAGAAGAAGAAGAAGAAGAAGAAGAAGAAGAAGGGUAUAUCGAUGCGCAUCCCGGGUUCGAUCAGAUCAAAGAAUGGUGUCAUCUCAUUUGCCUCGAGGAUUGCUCAGUGA